CCUGUUCCUCGGCUAAUGGUGUCGUCCUUCACCUUCAAUGUCACGCUGGCUCGGACGAACGGGAAGCGUGUGUGUACAGAGAUGAAUCAUGAUUAAUUUCAGGUGCAUUUUGUUUAAUUCGGUGAGCGCUGUCUGCCGCCAGCUGGUCCCCGCGCUGAGUGCCACCGGGACGCUCUCCCGGUGUGGGAGCAGAGGGCUGCCGCUGCACAGGACGUUGUUCAGCAGCGCCGCGAGACUCCAGGAAGCGGAAGCUACCGCCGGGAAGGACUUCAGCUAUUUCCCUCCGUUGCCUGGUCAAGACAGCGCACUGAGAUGGGGCGGGAAGAAGUUUGAGGAGUUGCCCAUCGUCCAAAUAAAAGCAACAUACAACAACACACACAUCCAGCUGUCAGACAGCGCAGGGCAGUCUUUGGUCCGGACGUCCUGUGGCACGGAGGGCUUUAAGAACAUCAAGAAGUCGACGCCCAUAGCCGCUCAGACCGCAGGCAUCUCUGCUGCCGGGAAAGCCACAGCAAAGGGAGUUACAUUUGUUCGGGUUGUGGUCAAGGGCCUCGGACCUGGACGUCUGUCUGCCAUCAAAGGCCUUACGAUGGGAGGCCUGGAGGUGGUAUCGAUCACCGACAACACCCCCGUGCCACACAACGGAUGUCGCCCGCGUAAAGCCAGGAGGAUGUGACGCCUGGCUGCUAACCUGUGCUGCGCUAAUAAAGUGUUUUCUGUAACUGCUGCCUGUGAGCUGACCUUAUGGAUCGUGUGUAAGGUUAAUAGUCUUAGUCUUGUUUAUAUUGACUCAUGCAUAAACAGUUGAAUUUGCUGAAGUUUCCACCCAGCGGAAGAGCAGCAGUGAGUUCAGGGAAUACUGAGACAGAUCCAGGAAACAACCAUUGAGCUGGAGGACUGCUACAUAAACUGCUCAUUCAAGGACUCUGUCAAUAUCUUAUCUAGUGUCACGCAGUAGUGCUGAAAAUAAGCCAUUUACUGAAUCAUUCAGUUCCCUGGUAGAGCCGGCCUUUUGGUACGACCAUUGAAGCUCGCCUGGUUUGGAUAAGUGGAGCCAAAUCAAACAUUCACUGCAUCUUGUUCUUGUCAUCGAUCCUGACU